UGUCAGGCGGCCGGAGGAAGGUCUGCGGAAUGCGGGAAAGUCGGGCCAGCCACUCACAGCCUGCCGUUCUUGGAGAGGCGGUCAGCCCCCUUUUUCCACGAAGACGUCACUCCGCGAUCCUCAAUGCGGCCGCAGCCAGUGAGAAGGGCGGGAUUUGGGCGGAGAGGAGAGCGAGGAGAGCGAAGCUUUGGGGGGGUGUGGACCCUUGCUGCGAUGUGCAGGCCAACCCCUGCUUCCUCCCCACCGGCCUGCGCAAAUCAGACGCCGCUUGGCUCUGGUGACCUGGUUCGUUGUUGUCGUUCGUUGUCGUUCGUUGUCGUUCGUUGUCGUUGUCUUUUGUCCUUUGUCCUUGUCCUUGUCUCUCGUCUCUCGCCUGUGGAGUGUGGACGCUUCAACGUUGACGUUUGUCUUGGCGUUUGGCUUGGCGUUUGGCUUGGCGUUUGGCUUGGCGGUCAACGUGAUUCCCCGUGAAGGCUGACUUACUCAACGCCACUCUUGAUUUUGAUUGAAGCCUUUGAAGGUUCGCCCAGCUGCCUCGCUCGCGGAAACACAACGGACAUGCAAACCCCCGGAACCAGAGUGCAGUACGGCAGUCAUUUACGGUACUGGGACACCAGUGCGACCGGGGACCGAAGCUCG